AGGGAUAGGGAGAGGGAAAGAGGAAGAAAGAGAGAGGGGAGGAGGGAAAGAGAAGGAAAGAUGGACAAUUCAAGCAGCUUUGGAAACCUCCACUUAGGUUAGCCUUCAUAUAAACAAAGAAGGGAGAAACAAGCACUGGGAUUGUAUGGCUAUGCUGGGAUUUAGAGUUGGGGAGAUAGAAUUGGAAGGGAUGAUAGGUGAGAGGCAGGGAUAGGUUGCUGGGAAAUGAGGCCAAAGGAAGGAAGGCCAAGGGUACUGGAAAAAGAAGUUAGGGUACCCAGAAUUGAAGUUGUGGGAGGUAGGUACCAGGUGUACUUCUAUGUUUUUCAGUCCCUAGAAAGCAGUUUAGGAUAAAGGUGAGGGGACCCUCUGAGGUCACACUUACUGGGUAUGGCCAUCUAAGGAACUGUAGUUGGGGAGGGGGAGGAGAGAGAGAAAUGCAUAAAAGACAGAGAUAGACCCUUAUAGGCAGCUUUUGUUUUCUUCCUCCCACUCUCUUUCUUUCUUUCCCAGUUUAGAUCUUUCUGUGAUCUGAGGAGGUUGCAAGUACAGCAGGCAUGACUACACCCCAGCAAGUUGCCUGCAGUGUCAAGAGUCAUCCUGGCAAAGGUGAUGAAAGUUCUAACAUCAGUAUCCAUUUUGGAGUCUCAGAUGAAGAGAAGGCAGCAGUGAAAAAUCGAGGGGAGCAUGUUUUGAGAACCCUGAAGAAGAUGGGCCUUAAUGUCGAAAAGGGCCCUGUGAUUUCUGUCCUGGCCUCUGGUGGGGGUCUGAGGGCUGCCAUAGCUUGCCAAGGUGUCCUUAGUGAGCUGAGCCAUGUGGGGCUCCUGGACCUGAUCACAUACCUUGCAGGAGUCUCUGGCUCCACCUGGUGCAUGUCCUCCCUCUACACCCAGAGUGAUAGGUGGCAGGACCUGGUGAAGGCAGAAAAUGAGCUCCGAAGGCGCCUUCAGAAAGACUCCUGGAAAUUCUCUGUUGCCCUGGAAGGGCUCUGUAAGGCUGCAGAGAGGGAUGACUAUUCUCUCACUGACUUCUGGUCCUAUUCCCUUGUCUACUACUUAACCAAGGAACUUCUAGAUACUCAUCUGUCCAGUGUGAAACAUCAUUCUGACUCGGGGACUGUGCCAUAUCCCAUAUUCGCCACCAUCGACCAUUUCCUCAAGUCUGGUGGAAAGGAGAACAGUCUGAAUGCCUGGUUUGGAUUCACGCCUGAUUGGGCUGGCUACUCAUUUGCCAACUCAAAACCUGGUGCUUAUGUCUCUACCACUCAUUAUGGGAGCAAGUUUAAGGGAGGGAAGCUCAUCCAAAAAGAAGAAGAAAGGGAUUUCUCCUAUCUUCGAGCAUUAUGUGGCAGUGUUUUGGCCGACAAAGACAGUAUUCUCAAGGCCAUCAAAGAUUUCUUCUCGAAAUUUAUCUAUGAUUUAAGCCCCCAGCAAAAAAAGCUCAUUUCUGAUCCUGAAGGAGCUGUUUUGAAAACUAUGAUAGAAGAAUUAUUCAAUUUGGUUUACACCUUCCAAACAAAUGGAGACUAUCUACCCAUCUUGAGAAACCUACAGGCUAAAAUGGCAGGGAACACCUACUUUUUUGAGGCUGAGACAUUGACUAGCCAGAUGAUCAAAUUUUCGUACCAGAAAAGUCGAGAUCAACAGAGACAACUCAUCGAGGAAUUACUGGAAAAGACCUUGAAUCAAGAAAUGUUGAAAAAAAGCAGUGUCCCAUCUUUUCUAAAGUUUUUAUGGAAGACCUCCAAGUGUUUCUUAUCAUGGACGUGGGGAACAGCAAAUAACUUUUUGUACAAAUAUGAAGACAUUAAGGACAAGUCUCUCACAGAUCAUGAAAGUAUGUAUUUGAUGGAUGCUGGCUUGGCUAUCAACUCUGCCUAUCCCCUGGUCCUACCCCCAACGCGGAACAGUGAUAUCAUCCUCUCCUUUGACUUCAGUGAAGGGGAUCCAUUUGAGACUAUCAAGGCCACUAAAAAGUACUGCAAAAGCUGUAAUAUCCCCUUCCCUCCAGUGGAUGAAACUAUACUCAACCAAGAAGCUGAGGCUCCUUCUGAUUUCUACAUCUUUGAAGGGGAGAAGACACCUGUGGUCCUUCACUUCCCACUUUUCAAUAAAGUGAAUUGUUCCAGCACAGAAAUCAUUGACCAGAGACGAAAGACAUAUGAGACAUUCCGCCUUACAGACUAUUCUGAUGCUGAGGUGGUCCAACUCCUGGAGGACUCAAAGGCAAAUGUGAGAAACAACAAGGAUCGUAUCUUGGCAAAGAUCUGUGAAGUGGCAGAGGCAGUCUUGUAGGAAGCAGCCUCCCAACUUUUGCUUUCAUACUGGGACUUCUCUUACCUGAAAACAGCUGCCAUCCCUGCUGCCAUUACCUCCUUUGGGAGAAACACUUAUUCACUUUCUCAAUUAAAUGCUUCAAAUGACUGACUUUUGUUUUAAGGCCUAGCAUUUUGCUUUGUACCCUCAUGCUUCAUGGAACUUCAUGGAAUAUUCUACUUAGCCUUUCCCAGAUCCAAUAAAAUGUUGGCUUGACUCCCAGGA